AUGGCGUGUUCCAAGAAGACUCUCGCAAUUGUCAUUGUUCCGCUGCUGAUGGCUCUCCUUGCCUCGGCCGUUCCAGCAAGCCAAGGCAGUCGUGCCCUUGUGGAUGGGCUUGCUAGCCUAGCAUGGUCCAGUCCUCCUAACCAGUGUGGGCUUGUUGCUACUUUUGGCACUGCCAGUACUGCUAGAUAG